AUGCUGCCACCAGAACCAAGGUCAUCCGAUGCGGCCCUCUAUGACUGGGUGUGGCAGUCGCCCUCACCUACUCUUGAGCUGGCUCAAUCACCUUUGUUCACACUACCAGCACGUUUCCUGACCCUGGAAGAGCGCACCAGGCUCACAUACGAAAGGGCGAAGAAAAUCUGCGAUGCAUACAGCUUGACGGUGGAAGACAUUGCAUCCCUCAGUCCGAAGUUCUGGAAGCUACAGACGGAUCCAAUCGCGGCAGUUGACGGUGGAGCGUUGACUUUGAUUAGUAUCCAGUACAAUCUGUUUGUGGGAACUGUGGCUCCAUUCGCAACCACCCGGCCGGACCUUCACGGGAUCCUCCAGCGUGCCUUGAACUUUGAGAUCUCAGCGCAGUUCAUGCUCACCGAGGUCGGCCAUGGACUAGACGCGCGAAAUCUAGAAACGACCGCGACACUCUUGCCUGACGGUGGCUUCGAGCUCCACAGCCCUUCUUGGGCCGCUGCAAAGUGUAUGCCACCGACGACACCAAGAAGCGGACUUCCCGUCGUUGCCGUUGUCAUCGCCCGCCUGAUCGUGGAGGGCGAGAAUCAUGGUGUCCGGCCAUUCUUAGUUCCCCUGGGAGAUGGCCAUGAGAUGUGCAAAGGCGUGAUUGCGAAAGCCCUACCCCCACGCGCUGGUGCUCAUCCAAUCGACCACGCGCUCACCCUGUUCGACCGGGUUGUGCUGCCCAACUCCGCUCUCCUGGGCAGCCUUGAAAAGCCACAAAACGAACGGGACCACUUCUUUUCCACCAUCCACCGCGUCUCAGCCGGGACGCUAUUCCUGUCUGGUGCUUCCAUCCCGGCCCUCAAACUCGCAGUGUACAAUGCGGCCCAAUUCAGUGUGCGCCGGAGGGUCACGGGCCACGACGGGAAUCAAAUGGCGGUCAUCAAGUUCCGCACCCAGCAUCUCCCCAUCCUCCACGCGGUCGCGCAAUACCAUGUGCUCCAGGCGUUCCUCGUGCAAGCGGCGACCAUUUUCCGGAAUAGAAAGGUCGAUCCGCGCGUGCGCCACGCCGUUGCGACUGUGUUCAAGGCUGUUGCCCUGCAGCACUUUCAGAAGAGCAUCAAAGCCUUGAAUGACGAGUGUGGUUGGCAUGGAUAUUACGAACAUAAUCAAAUCCUUCAAAUGGAGCUGGAAUUCCGAGCCGUAGGAACUGCAGAAGGCGACAUUAGGGUCCUCGCCAUUCGACUCGCAAGCGAGCUCCUGAUCGGCCGCUAUCAGCCGCCGCCCCCUAAAGACCCCAACAGCCCCGUUGCUCGGCACGAAGCCGCAUUAUUGACAGAGGCAAAACAGCAUUUGAUAGAAUUUGGCGGCGUGCAUCGAAGCGAAGCCUUUAACCGCAAUAUCCUCCCGCUCUCGCUUCCACUGAUCCAGGCCAUCGGCCACCGAAUGGCAUUGGAAGCAGCAAAGGAGGCAAACAUUGACCCCAAGCUCUGCGCUCUCUACGAAAGCGGGGUUAUUCUAGAAGAUUCCGCAUGGUAUACGGAGCAGGGAGGCAUCAGCCGGAGAUCCCAGCGCGAGAUGGAAGCCCAAGCUGCCGAUGCAUUACUCCCAGACCUAGAAAAAUUGGUGUACGAAUCCGGAACGGCGCCAUACAGUUAUGCGCCCAUGACUUCCGAUCGACUAUGGAACGCAUUUGUGUCCGAGCUGGAGGAGUUUUCUGGGGAAGCUUCCUUUGACAUUUGUGCUUCUUCUGUUCAUCCAACAGACCUAUAG